UGGAUUGUGUUUCAUCGAGGGAAGGAAGCGAAGCUCACACCGCCGAUGGUGCCUUCGGACUGUCCGCGCCGACGAUAAACGCUCGCACGUCUCACGCCGCAGACGGCACAACAGCGUGGCCAGACAAAGGCGCAGCUCGUAGGAACGAGGUCGAAUCGGCAGUACGGCAGUGGCAGCGGUUGGUCCUUUGAUUCAUUCACGGGGUUAUACAGGGAGGUUGCGCCUCGGCGCGUGCGUAUUUAUACGCCGCUGGCGAGCAGCUUCCGUGCAGAUCGAUCCACGGAAUUCCCAGUCACAGCCAGCCACGCUACGUGGUCGACGGCGUUUGAGGUUAGUCUUGUGCCUCCUCGCCUCGUCGUCGGCGAUCGCCGCGAGCGAGCGACGCCCGGCCACUCGUCCCGGUGAGCUUUCCCAGCGGCCAACUCCACGCGGACGCCGUGGCGCGCGCGUUGUCGGCCGAACGCGCGCCCGUCGCGGGAACACGCGCGCACGAUAGGUCUCUACCGGCUGCUGCGGCGCACAUACGGGGAUUGAUGCUGGCGGCGGCGGCGGCAGUGGUGUCAGUCCAACCGCGCGGCGCAGAAGAUGAUCACCACCAACGCAAUCGGCAGCGGCUGGAAGUACCCGUAGCAGCGUUUGCCUACUGCCACCACCGCGGACCCACAUCGCUCAGCGUCGACGCGACCGUUAUGGCGUAACUGCUCAGCGCUGCGCAUAAUCUGUUCUCCCUCUCUCGCGUUGCUGUCCUAGCCCGUCACACGCACGCCGCAAAACACGCCUGGACUUCUCGCCCAGCUGCCUCUGCUGCUGCUCGUCGAAUCGCAUGCAAAGAUGAACGCCAACGCGACAGCAGCGAUGGCAACAGCGUCGACCUCGACGGUAGGCCUCGGCAUCACAACACUCGCCGGGGUGUUCAACAGCGUCGACUCGCUGGAAGACGGGGUGACAAUGGCCGACGGCAGUCUCAACAUAUCGCCGGUCACGUUGUCUUCCGACUGGUCGAGAGUCGUUAGGCUACUCCUGCUAGCUUCGCUCGCUGUCAUUGGCAGCGUCGGCAACGUCUUUAUGAUAUCGGCCAUCAUGGUCGAGGACCAUCUCAAAAAGAAAGGUAACGCGUUCCUGGUCAACGUAGCACUUGCGGAUCUGCUGAUCUCGGGCAUGGUGAUCCCAGCAUCGGCAGUACUGAUACUAGCUGGCCACGAGGAUUCUCCGCGCGGCAUUUGCAACUUCGAGUGGACCCUCGAGGCUCUCUGCUUCCUCGUCACCGUCUUCACUUUCACCCUCGUCGCCAGCGAGAACUUUUUGAGACUGUGCUGGCCCGUCGAUAGAUACAAUGCGUUGACGACAAGCCAAGUGACGGCGGCAUUCAUCGUAGUCUGGUUGAUCGCAUUGACAUUGGUGGGAGUGCAAUCGUACUUGCAAUUGGGCCCGAAUCUGUGCGACAUCGAUCGCAAGAAGCCGUUCAUGAUGAGGAUCAACACGAGCGGAAUAGUGACGGUGUCGGUGAUCAUAGUGGCGCCCAUGCUCUUCGCCGUCCUCGUAUACGCGCGACUCAUCCUCAGCGUCAGAAGCGCGAUGCGCGGCUCUUACAAGCCAUCGGUGGCAUUCAACUGGGACUACGAGCUCACCAAGGCCAACAUGUACAGCUUCUUCUUCUUCAUCCUGUUCUGGUUGCCCCUUGGCAUCACCUUCUGCGUGAGCGUGGUGAAGCCAGUGAGCCCGAAGAUCGUGUUCUACCUAGCCUGGUUCGCGCUGUCGAAGUCGUGCUUUAACAACCUGCUGUACUGCGUGGCGGAUCGCCACUUCCGCAGUGCUUACAUCAAGCUGUUCCACUACUGCUGCUGCAAGACAACGGUGAGCUUCUCGCGUCGUCAGCGCGGCGGCGGCGGCGAUCCCACGGGUGGACGUUCGGGCUCCGGUGACGUCAAGCUGCGUGUCCACAUCAUACACUCUUAUGCGAGUCCGAGCGGCAACAGACCCACCACGACCAGGACGAGCAAUGGACGCGAGUUUUCCGAGUUGUAGGGCUAUCGGUAUACCGAGCUCAGCCAGCACUUCGACGAGCUGGACUAAGGAUCCGUUUGCUUCAAGGCUCGACUCGCUUGCUGCGGACUUUUUCCAUCAUUCUUCGCUGUCUCGCGAACAAAGACCCAGCUGUAAUAUGACGCGACGCUUUUGCCGGGGAGUGAAAAACGAGGACAUAAGUCUCCAUCCCAAGUAAACUUUUCGCAGCUUUAUCGCUGCCCCGAAUUGUCCCCGGUUCGCUUUCAUUUACACUUGAUGUAAACAAAAUGUUAGGUAGUUUUCGUGCGUGCGGGCUCGAGAGAGAGAGAGGGAGAGAGAGAGAGAGAGAGAGAGAGAGAGAGAGAGAGAGCGGGAAGGAGAAAUAGAUCGAUGGAAAAUGGGCCUAACAUCAACCAUCAAAAGUCCCUCGUCGUCGACUCGUCCGAAAAGUUUGCUGCGAGUUCUAUUUCACCACUAAUGUAAUUGCCCUGCAAUUACUUAAUGAGAGAGGAAACUCGAGAGAGAGAGAGAGAAAGAGAGAGAGAGAGAGAGGCCGACUUUCAUUACUAACUCUGCGAAAUUAUAUUCGAUUCGGCUUUUUCCUCUCAUCGACGUAUUAAUUUUCCAUUAACGAAUACUUCGGGCCAUCGCGACGGCGCAAUCUCACGUGCAUUUUGACGCGUGAAUGAGCGAUCACGGCGUUUUUAAUUUAAAUCGCUCUCUCCGAACGGCACGUUCCCGUCGCCGAUAAUUUCGUUCGACCGAAGAACUUUUCAUCACGAGUGCGAACGGCAUACUCCAGCAAUUAUUUGCACAAAGUCAAUUAUUAAUUUUUAAACGGUCUUCACGUUGCGCCCCGCCGAAUCGCCCUUAGGCUUUACGAUAAUUACAGCGGCGUUGCGCUCCAGACGGAAUAGUAUAUAUCAGCUCGUCGAGACACAAAGCCACCUUGAGAUUCUUAGCCUCGCUCGCUCCGUACUUAUUUAUAAUUGUACCUGCAAGCCGCUUUUUACGCUAGCGCGAGGCAAGCUAGUGCAGCCGAGUGCCCACUGCCGUCUGCGAGGUAAUAGCUUGAAAAGUUCGCUCGGGGUACAGAGGAAAAAGCGCGUUGUUCUGCUGCGAAAGAAUGCCGUGGCGAUGAUGGGCUUGCGGCCUAAUUCUCGCGCGAUUUUGAAAGAUGUCGUUUUUCAACGAUUCGCUGCGAUUGAUUUGUCGCUCUCGAGCAUAAUCGAUACUAAAAAAUCCUUAAGAACGAUAAAUGGCACUUGUGCGUUAAUUGUACCGCAUCGCAAACAGUACAUUAUCUAACUAGUCUGGGAAAGCAUAGAUACUCCACUCGUGUUUGGUUUACGCUCGAGUGAAGCGAAGGUGGAAAGCUACACGAGGCGAAAAUCUCUUUGCCGAACAUGUUAGGUACAAUUUUUUUUCGAAAUAACGUGGGGGAAGCGCGAAUUCGAGCGCACGUUUUUCGCCGAGUGUGCGGCAAAGUCGUGCUUUCCGCACGGCGUGUUGAGAAUUAAAUUUUUAAAGAAGAAAAGUGGAUGUUGAGUCGUCGCAUCGGUUAAAUCAAAGAAACGACGUGCGUGCGGAGCAAGCGAACCAAGGGUACUUUUGAUCUCGAGAGGGCGAAAAAUCUGGCGUUAACUCCCCAACGCUAGUUUUUUCUCGCAUACAAGAGAGAAGAGCAAAAAUCACCAAUACUCUUCCGUCGCAAAGUCAACAAAUAAUUGGAGUGUGAUAAUGGGAUGAACAUGUUUUCUCUCUUUGUUUUUAAUCUUCGUUGUGUACACCUCUUCUCUUUCUCUUUCUCUCUCUCCUCUCUUUCUAAGGUUAUCGUGGAGAAAAGAUUACCUUGCAAGCGAAUUUGUGUGAUUUACACCCAUUGCGAGCAAAGGAAGACAUCUACGGUUAACUAUAAAACUCAAUGGUUCCUUGAUGAAACAUUUACAGUUGAAAUGCUUCUAACAUUUUUCCGAGUAUGAAAUUGUUGCUGGUUAACAAAAGAAUAUAUUCGGAGAUUUUUUAAUUUUUAUUGCGUAUCUAUUUUGUUAAUUGCUUUUUUUUGCGAUCGAUAUUACUUAAGCAUUAAUCGUAAAGUUAACUAUGAGAUUUUAUAUUAAUUUAUGGAAUGAAAACGCAACAAAAUUAAUAUCGUACUUCUCGUGGCGAAAUUUUCCAUUAAAUUUAGCCUGAUUGCGUAAUAAUCCGAUCAGUUUUAACGCUUAAUUAGGCAAAAUUUCGAUUGAGCGUGAAAUUCUGUCACCUCCAUGGAAAUUUGCAUGGGAAAUUGAACGGUUUCUUGUCAAUUUACGACAAUCGACGACAACAGAAAAAUACGUAAACUCGCGGGCGUGUCACGCGGUUAGACCACCACAUAAUCACGGUAAUUCCUUCUCCUAAUUUUCGAACAAAAACAUGUGGAAACGCGAAGGGGAGGAUCAGUGUUGUCUCUUCCGUGCGCUUUUCCCAGUGUUUAUUGCUCAAUGCGGUUUUGCGCUCUCUUAGUCACGAUUUAUUUUUAUGGGAACUGACUACUGUAAAUAUAUGUAUAUACAGACGCAGGAAUAAAUCUGACAACUGCGUUUCGAUGUUGUGGAUCUUCUUGGUGUUUCUUACGAAAAUUAAUCAUUUGUUUGUUCGAUUUUAUAUUUACUAAAAUAUUUAUCAGCUUUGCUUCACAUUACUUUUUCUGUUAGUAAUUUAGAAAAUUGCGCAUCAUUUGUUAUGCAACUGUUCAUUUAAACCAAUAAUCAAGCAAUUUUAUAAUUUUUUCUUUUGUAACGACUACAACACUAACACAAACUGAUAAAAAUGAGGAUAUUUGUUAGUCAUCGUUGUGCUGUAUAACUAUAAUUACUCGUUAAAAAAGAAUCUGUUUUGUUACAUGUAUUUACAAUGCAUUUACAUAAUAAUGACUGAUUUAGAAAGAGAAGAAACGAUCAUAAACGAAAACUAAUUUUCGCCGAUCACAUAUCUCAUGAAAUCAAGAUCAAAUUAUCGAAAAAAAAGAAUACAAAUUAGGCAUUUAAUAAUUUUGAAAAUCGUCCGAUUUUUAAUAACAUCACAUGGACAUAAAUUCUUCGUUUGAAAAAAAAGAUGUGACGAAAAGUUCUUAUUAUAUAUGUACUGUAAAUAAUUCUUCCGAAGCAUAUAUUAUUGUAGGAAUAUACAAACAUACAUGUCUUUAUUAUGCAAAAAAAGUAAGAUAACGUUGCGAGAAAAAAAGUUACACCUCACACGUUGUAACUAACAAAACAACAAAAAAAAGAUGAAAAAUAAAACAAGAUUAAAAACGUUAUUGUACUAAACGCCUUCUGUCGAACUGUGAUCACUCCGCAAGUAGAUUGUGAUUUUUAGUAAGAAGGGCAAAACCACAAGGACUUUUUUCCGGAAAGAUAAGAAAAUGCGUCAAAAAGGUUUUAAAGGGGGUGAAAAAUGUUUUUGUCACAUACAUUUUUUUUCCUGCGUCGUGUCUUGCGUUUUUUUCUUUCUUUUCUAGCCGAUAACAAAUAAAAAACAAGAAACCUCUGCCAAUGUUAGCUUGACGAAAACACGAAGUUAAAAAAUUCAUGACUUGCAUAAUUUUACGAUCUAGUAAUUUGUUGCUGUUUAUGUGUCUUGUAAAGUGUGCGUGCGAGCUUUAUGGAUGAGAUAAAAGAGCUAUACUUUUCUGUUUCUUUGUACUCGUCGUAUGCUUUCGAGGUUUAAUGUUUAAUGAUAAAAUUGCGUGCUUGUUAGUGUUUAACGCCAAAUAUAGCUUGACUUGGUCUCUUGAGUUUUAUAUGUUCACUGUAUUAGUUUAAUCGAUCGUGAGUCUCGCGAUACGAAUAACUAUCAAAAAUUAUCUUACACCCCACAGUGAACAUAGAAAUUCAUACAGUCAUAAUUUAAAUAUUGUAUUGUCAAAAAAAAAAAAAAACAAAAAACAAAAACAAAAGAAAAAAACCUUGUAAGAUUUGACAAACCAAACCAUUUAAAAGCUUUGGUAAACUGUAAGUAUAACUGAGUGAGAGACUGAUUUGUAAACAACGCUGGAGUUAAUAUACAUAAAAAGUACUUAAAUGUUUAUAAAAAACAUGCAUCAAUGGGACCAGUAUGCUAAAUAAAUCUUUUAAUUGUAAGAACUUUGAAACUUUCGUUGUAGAUUCCGACUAUAAUUGUCAUUCCAACAACAACAAUUGAACUAACACUGUAUAAGAAAAAAUUAUUGUGCUUUAGCGCGUGCACAUCCUUUCAGCGUUGUCGCACAAAAUAGUUCUGUACGGUAAUUGUUCGUUAAUGGUUAUUCUUACUACUUUAUAUCGAGCCAUGGCAAAAGGCGAUUAAUCAAUGUAAUAACAUAUUGAUAGACUUCGAGCGAUGUUUGUAUUACGUUUUAAGGGGACAGUAAUGAAACAUAUACAUCUAUUUUUCUGUCGAGUGCAACAAAAUUUCUAUAGUUUUGUUAAAUGUGAUCAUAGAGCUUUAAAAAUAUUAAAAAAUAUUUCAACUAUGAAAUUGCCGAUUAUUUUUAAUGCAAUUUAAUUACGAACACCUCCGAUAUCUAUCAAAAAUGAAACUUCAUAUCAAAAUGAUAAUGUAUUUUUAUUCGUUUUUACAGAUCUCAUAGUUUUUGUAUUCCAGUUUAAGCAAAAUAAGCCAAUAAAAAAUCUUGUAACUUUUAUAAUAAUAAAGUGCAACUAAUUUAGUUCACUGUUGUGAAAAAGUAAAAGAGACUGUCCCCUUAUUUUACCUAAAAGUAAAAAGCAUUAUACGCUGUAUUAAUAAUGCGCUGUAAAAUUUUUUAUACUCUCAAGGUAAACUAUACUUUGCGUGAUGUUAUGCAAUAUAUCUUUUUUCUAUAAGCGAAAGGAACAAAAAUCAAAAAUCAUUGUCUUUCCUUUUAUGAAUUCUGUGAUUUUUAGUAACUAUUUUCAAAUCGAUGACGGAUCGGCGUCCAACUGCAAAACAAAUCUUUUUCUCGUCCUCGUUAGCUAGUGUAUAUCCGUCAUUGAUGUAAGCUGUAAGAUGUAGAACGUAUUUGUUAGUUCAAUAGUCUAGCCGUUAGCUAAAGCUUGCUUGUUCAAUCAGCGUUCAUAUCAAACUCCACAAUACGAGAAUUCCUAGUCAUGGAAAUGAGCGCUGAUCGAAGCAUACAGAUAAUAGACCUAGAUACAGCUAGAACUAUAACAUUAUUUGUCAUCGUGAUUAGUGUGCUAGUCUAAAAUAUUCAAUAAGUGUAACAGUACAACAUUUUUCGAAACCAAAAAGAUGAUGAAGAUUUAUCGAAAUUGCCACCAGAUUUUGAGACGACUUUUAAUUACAACAGACUUUUUGUCCAGAAAAAAGUCACGCGAAGUUUGUUGGACACUGAAACUUUUACAGAAAAAUUGUCGAAUCUUUUCUAAAUCACGGGUAAAACCAGGCCAACUCCCGAAACUUUAAGGACCAGAGAUUAACAAUAAAGCCAUUGACUUUUAAAGCCACUAUUCAUUAUCCAGAAAAAAAUCACAGAAAGUGACUUGAAAAUAUAAAAUACAUGGUCGAAAAGUGCAAUCUUUUUAAAAUAAAUUUAAAAAUCAUUUGAUAUGAUGACUAAGUGGAAAAAUAAUAAAUAUAACUAUGUUGACAGAAAAGCUUUUAACUGUUAAAGUAUAAAAUAUAAUUAUCUAAAAAGUCUAGGAAAUGACUAUAGAUCAAAUAUCGCAUUGAUAAAAUAAUGAAAAUUAAUGUUGUGAAGUCAAGUAAAUGUCCAUAAAAAGUUCUAUAUUGUAAGAGAUUAAAAAUAAAAUCGCGUAUAUUAACAUACAAAAAGUGACAACGUUAACACGUUAAUUCUUGAACCAUUAACACUAAAAAUAUUAAUAAACUAACGAUGUGAAUAUUUCGACAAUGUUUUUUCGUCUUUUAAUAUUUCAAGUUUCUUUAAUUUCGAGCUGUUGAGUAAAUACCACAAAUAAAAUAAAACAAAUAAAGCGUCUCUUUGCUACAAUAUGCGACAUCAACUUAUUACGUUAAAAUAUACACCGUGAAUGCAUUUUUAAUGUAAAAUGUGAAGUCUGUAAAACGAUCACCGUAUAAAAAGUGUAGUAGUAAGAAUAAAAUCAGAUGCUCAAAAAGGACCAUUUGGACAUCGCAAUACAAAGAUUUCAGGCGUAUAAAGUACUAGUUGAUGUGUAUCAGUCUAAUUCUAAAAAAGAUAAAAGAAUAACUAGUUGAUAGAGUAACGUUAACGUGGCAUACCUAUAUUGUUUCGAGAAACUAUAUUAAACGUAAGGGAUAAAAACAAACUCACAUAUUGAUAUAAGUGGUAUAUCUCCGACACUGCAUAAAUAAAUUAUAUAGUGCAUUAUACGUAAAUGUGUUUAUUUUGUAUUAAAUGUAUUUCUUGUCGAUGUAUUUUUCGCAAGAAUGAAGACAAGAUGAGAAGCAAACAGAAAAAAAAAAGAAAAUCAAGAAUUAACGAUUCGAAAGUGAAAAAAAGGGGUAAAAGGGACAUGACGAGAAAUAAAAAUUUAGAAGCAACACCUACAGAUGAAGUUCCCUUGGAAUUAAAACUAUUGAAAAAACAAAAAUAAUAACGCCCCUGUUAUCGCGUAUCGUAUGAGCUGUAUCAUUCUACAAACUUAUUAUCUCUAUCGUGAGCGAAUACGCGUGUCAACAUAGAUUUUAUAAUGUUGUAAUAAGAAUAUUUCUCUUUGUA